AUGAUCAUCAUUAUGACGAUCAUGGUUAUGAUCAUGAUUAUAACUGUGAUUGCGAUUAAGAUGGUUAUGGUUGCUAUUACGAUUAUAAUAACGAUGACCAUGAUCGUGAUGACUGUGGUUACGAUUGCGAUGAUCAUGAUCAUGAUUGUGAUGAUUACUAUUAUGACUACGACUAUGGUCAUGACUACGACAAUGAUUACGACAACGACAAUGAUUAGUGAUUAUGAUUACGAUUAUAAUCACGAUAACGGAUAUGGUUAUGAUUUUGAUGAUUAUGGCUACGACGAUUAUGAUUAUGAUGAUCACGACUACGGCUGUGACCGCUAUUACGGUUAUGAUUAUGGUUAUGACGAUUACGAUGAUUAUGAUGAUAAUGAUCAUGAUUAA